CUGCAUAUAAAUACCACUGACACCUCUUUUCAAGCUCAUUUCUCUUCCAUUUUUUAACCUGAAUUCAUCAUUCUCCCUCACUGUUUAACAAUCUAAUCGUUCGCAUGGGGCAAACGGUAUUUCUGAUCGUUUAUCGACGAUGACGGAGGACGUCGGCGUGAUGCUGCAAAAGGGUCUUUCGGAAUGGUGGAGCGAGGAGACCGAGUACAUUUUUCAGCGGAUCGAGAGAUGGGCUGCGUACGCGAGGGGUUACAAUCGGCUGCGGUCUCAGAGACUGUCGCGGGGGCGUAUGACCAUGCAGGGCGGACAGGAGACGAGAUGGAGCAUCUCUUCUAAUAAGCUGAUCAUAGACGAUUCCUCGUGGAGUCCCCGCUUUCAUACGCUGAAGAAGUCCAGGAGGCAAUCACGGCCGGAGGAGACGAAGAUCAAUUGCUGCGGGACGUUCAAUUAUCAGUCUAACAGCACUUUGGACACCUCUUGCCUGGAAACGUACAGAUACGAUCACAGCAUUUACUUCAAGACCAUCGGUGAUCUAAAAAACAGCAGGAAGAAAAAGGAGUCGAAGAACGAAGAAAAAGAAGAAGACAGGGUCUCGAUUAGCAGCGAGGAACUCGUGGAAUGGGACGUGAGUGCCAUGUCCGAUUUCAUUGCCGAUCAGCUCGUGGAUAGUAAAUUCGAAAACGAAAAUGUCCAAGACCUGAAUCUACUCGAAUCGAAGAAAGACGACGUCGAUUCUGACACGUGGUUCAACGUGGAUUUAUCGAAGAUCGAUUUGAACGAAGACAACGAUUUUAAUGUUCCUUCCGAACAGAAUAAUGAAAAUAAUUUUGCGAUCAUCGACAGCCUCGAUGAGAACAUGCAAAGUAAUAAUCAAUUACAAGGACGAGACACUAAUAUUAAGGACGACACUAUUCCCUCGUACAAAGUAAAGAGUAACGAACGAGAGAGGCAAGACGAUGACAAGAAGAAUGAGAACAACUUGACUACGUAUGAAAUUGAUUAUAACAAACUUUUAAAACAGAAAGUUACACAAAAUAAUGCCACCAUUAUGGUUUCAAACGAUCGAGAAGAGAAUAAUAAUUGUCUGGAGAUAAAAGAUGAACUGCAGACGAUCAAUUGAAGCGCGGAAUAUUAGAGGCAAUGAGAAAGGGGUGAAAACGUGACACGAACGAGUGAUAACAGUCAUACAAAAAAAAGUGCACCACGAAUCGGAUCAGAUCGUUUCUGAUCCGUCAGAUCAACAUUUUUUUAUAUGCCUGUGUAAUCGAUGGGUAUGAGAAUCAAUGUUAAUUGAGUUGAAACUACUGAAUAAAUUCGAUGAUGUUAUUUUAAA